UGCGGUUUUUCAGUAACAGCUGUUUCUGGUUUGCUAGAUUCUUGAACUACUCUACAAGAAAGAAGAAACCAUGGAAACCAAGCAGACAAAGGCUUAAGGCUGUCAUUUGAAAUUUUCUUACAAUAGCUAAUAGGUUUUUGUUUUUCAACAUUAUUUUUAAAAAAUGCCAAAUACGUGCUGCGUUCCAAUGUGCACUUCCGGUUAUCAAAGAAAGGGAAUUGUUACCGAAAAAAUUGCAAUGUUCAGUACAAAAGACCCGAAAAUGCAAAAAAAAUGGAUGAAAUUCAUUCCAAGGAAAAAUUACGUAGUCAGUGCUAAGUCGCGGGUGUGUGCUCAUCAUUUUUCAGAAUGUGAUAUAAUCAAAGGGUAUUUUCUGCAUGUUGGAGGAGAAAAAAUAUUCCAGGAACAUAAAAAUUGGAGACUUAAACCUGAGGCAAUUCCAAAAAUAUUUCCAAAUUGCCGGUCUCACAUGACUAAAGUCGAAAGCAGUGGAAGAAAAAAGAAACUGGAUGAUAUCAAGGAACCUUUCUCUAAGGAAAUUAAAGUUAGCAUGCAGCCUGAAGGAAAAACAGUUACUAUUGUGACAACGACUGUUAGUGAAAAAGCUGCAGAUAAUGCUCAAGACAUGCCACCAACACCUACUGAGCACAUUGAUUGGGAAACGGAAAUUGGCAAACUUACAUUUCCAAGUAAUUGGUCGUAUACCAAGCAAAACGACGAAUUUCACAUCUUCAAAUUAGAGAAAGAUCAGCAAGGAAUAUUAGAAGUUGAGAGAUAUUUGGAGUUGUGUAACGGAAUUGUUUCCUAUAAACUGAAAAAAGUGGUAGUCCCACAAAACAAUGAACUUUUGCCAUCUUUAAUAACAUCGAUUACUAUGCUGAGAAAUGUUAUCAAAGUUUUUGAUGAAAUGAAAGUUUGUGGUGGAGUUACUGUUGAUUCAAAAAAUGUCCUCGAGAAAUUGAAACAGGUUGAAUUUAACGAAGGUUAUGAAGACAAUGAUGUGUGGCGUUCUUACUCUUGUAAGCGUUUACUACAACCUCCACCGUCUAAAUUUCCAAACGCAAGAAAGUUCACUUCCUGCCAAGAUUGCCGUUAUUUCAAAAUAACCCUCCGAAAGAAGAUUUGGAACCUUAACCAACUAAAUUCAUUGAAAUCUCUAAAGUAAAUAACCUUAUUGAAUAGUAUUCUUUCUGUGUUACUGUGUGUGUGCAAGACUAUUCCUGGAUGCGAUGCCAUGUGUUGUGUAUGAGUCUCGAAAAUCUCGUUCUUAUGUUGAUUCCCUGCGCUUCAGCCAUUUGUCCGUAUAUGCGAUGACCAUUGAUAAAGAUUCAGAGAAAAUGAUUCACUGUAAGUUUAAAAGUGAAACCAAUUAAACGCUUUUAUUCAUGUC